AUGCCAUCAUCAGCAACUUCCUCACCUAGUUCAAGUAUUAGAAGAUCUGCUGUAACUAGUAGUAAAAGAAGUUCAAGCAAGUCGAUUAAUCCAAAAAUUGUUUACGAUUAUGCAUUACGUUGUGCCAUUCGUGCCCAUCUCGAGCAAACAAUAGAAAAAAAGAAUGACAGCUUGUCCGUGAGCCCCUCUAGUUCAUUUUCAAAGAAAAAGGAAGAACGGCAACAUCGCCGAACCUUUUCUAGCUUAAGUGAUAAAUUCUCAGAUGAAGACUCAAAGAAAAGUGGUAAAUUAACAAGGGAAAUCGUAAAGGGACUUAUCAGACGUUUAGAUGAUGUCUAUAAAGCAAGGGAUGUUUCUAAACCAGAAUACCUCGAGCCAAAGUUUCGAACGGUAGCCAAGACAGUAAAAAAGACUUUACAACAGGAACACCGAUAUAGACCUUCAGGAACAAUUCAUAAUGUCGUUGUCUUGUUCUUAAAAGCGAGUGAAUCAGAAUUAAAGGCGAAUGAGCCUAAUCCUGCUGUUUGGUAUGAUGAUUUGAAUCAAUAUCUCGCUAGAUUUGUUGAAAUCGUGAUACAGACUGUCAAACAGGAUUCCCCCUCUGCUGCUACACCUGAAUUAUUAGAUUCCCUUUCUGAUUUUUUAGUACCGACAUCAUCAUCAUCUUCUUCUCAAAAGAAUGCAGUCAAGUCUGAUAACCGUGUCUCUACUUCUUCACUGAAUACAGCAACCUCUCCACUUGAAUCUUUAUUACAGUUUCCUAUGGUCGUGACAAUCAAAAACUUAUUUCAAAUCAAUGAAAACGAUCAUCGAAAAAAAGUAUCAGAAUUAAUGCUUAUCUGUAAUGAAUCGGCAUUAUUACAUGAUUUGAAAAAAUGUAUCAAUAAUGUUCAUACAAAUCAAUCUUUUCCAGGGAAAAAGGAAGAUUUCCUAAAUACACAAGCUUAUGAAAAUUGGCAAAAGAAAGAAGUCAAGCAAUUAACAGAAUUGAUAAACACACUUAUGUUGAUGUAUCCUAAUCUAAGUUUAUCUGCUUCAAGUGAAGUAGAUGUGGGAAAUACGAAUUUAUUAGCCCGACAAAGCUCUAUAGAUUCUAUACAAAGUCAGAAUACAUUUACUAAGUCUAUGUCAUCAUCAGAUGAAUCAGGAUUUACCUUUAUUCCAGCAGACCCAAAGGGAUGUUUUCAUUUCUUGAUGAGUAUGUGUCUUGACUAUGAUACAGAAAACUUUAGUUCAUCGAUAUCAGAAGCAGAACGUUCAAAGAUAAGUGCAUUUUCCCAGCAAUCAGAUCAAUUAUUAAGAGAAUGUUGGAGAACAUGGCGUCUAUCUGCUCCAUUUCGGGCUAUCCUUUAUCUGAAUCUUGUUAAAUCAAAAUUUGAUCAAAGCGAACUCGAUAUUGAGGAUCUUAACUAUGCACUUCGAGCAUUAGAUAGAGUAACAAAGGAAAAUGAUAUUCAAUUUUGGUCAACUAUAGAUUAUGAUUAUUUGGUUCGAGUCUUGGAAGGAUUGCAAAAUUCACUUUUAAAAGAGUUGAAAAAUGGACUAUCUGAAUAUUGGAAAAUAAGUCCUACUUGGAUUCAAGAUAUAGUUGAUUUAUUGAUAAAAGUAUGCAGUAAUUCAGUUUAUACAGAUAGUCAUCCUAAUCCAAAAGAUGAGAUUAUUUGUUUACAAGAAUCCAUUGAGGGCGCUGCAGUAGAAAGAUGGAGAAUGAUUGAAGAACUAGCAAAUGACCCCAAAAAGGACUAUCUUUCGAAUUUAUUUACAAUGGCAGAUAACCUUAACAAAGAACUUAUUUCUAUAACUAAAAAGAAAUUUAUGAAGCCAAUUAUGGAUAGUAUAUCGAUCCCUAGUUUAGUGAUGGCAAGACAGUUACCUUAUUUUGCUUUGGAAAUGGAAAAUUGGGCAUACUCACCUGAAUUUAAAACAUGUCCUGUGGAUAGUGCAUUUGAAUUGUAUAAGAAAGUAUUAAAUCUAGAAAAAUUAUAUGAUACAUAUGGACCACAGAGGAAGACAAGUUUAUUUAAAGUUGAAUCAUGGUUUUUGAUUCAUGUUAAACGUUGGUUAAUGAAAACGAAUCAGUCUACAUUAAAGUGGGUGGAGAAUGCUAUUGCACAAGAUCAGUUUCAAUGCUAUAGUGAUUCUGUUGUUUAUUCAUCAUCUAUUAUUGACUUAUUCUCGAUGUUUAACCAAGCAGUUGAUUUUAUAGCUGAUUUACAAUGGCCAAAUGAUAUACAAUAUUGUUUAUUUGAAACAUUUUUAUCCAAAAUUAUAGGAGAGGGCAUUGAAUAUUACUGUCGAGCAUUAGAAGAGUCAAUUAAGAUAGAUAUCUUUGCUUUAAAUCACUCUUCUUCUAUUUCAAGUCAAAAUGAGAACAGUGGAGCCAUUUCAUCAUUACCAUCAUCAAGGACGUCUAUUUUGGAUAAAGCAAGAUAUCAAAUUAUGGGUGAUCGUGUCUUAAGUAAAAUAGAUGUUAGCUCAGUUCCUGUAAACUUUAUCACACCAGAACUUUGUAUUAAAUUGAAUAACAUUGAAACCACUCGUGGUAAACUAGAUCAUCUCUAUCGAAUCAUGCAUGGUGAUAAUAUUGCUCAACUUAUGAGAGAAAACACAAUACCACAGCAGCAGCAACAACAACAAACUGCGAAAAACAAAUAUAUGUAUACAAUUCGUGUUGUACGAGCAGAGAAUCUUCGACCUAUGGAUAAGAAUGGGCUUAGUGAUCCUUAUGUCACGUUUGAAAUCGAUGGUAAAGUCAUUACUAGAACAAAAACAGUUUAUGAAACCUUGAAUCCUCGUUGGGAUGAAGAGUUUGAUAUUUGGCUAAGUGAUGAAGCAGUUGAUGUUUGUGUAAUUGUAAAUGAUGAAGAUAUAAUUACAGCUGAUGAGGAAUGUGGUGUGGCAUGGUUUACUUUAUCUCCCAAGUUUAGUGAUAUUUAUCAUCAAAAAGAUGACUUGAUCUUGAACUUAUCGCCACAAGGAUCAUUGAUUUUACGUGUGACAAUGGAAAGUGAAAAGAAUGAUAUACAAUUUUGGUUUGGUAAAGCUUUUCGUACUUUGAGGACAUCAGCAAACGAUGUAGCAGGUUUGAUUGCAGAUGAGAUGGCACCUUAUUUCCGUCAUUGUUUAUCUCGACAAGUGAUUGAAAAGCUUUUAGGAAGAGAUAAAAAUAAAUUCUUUUCUGUUUUCAGUCGAGUGAAAAACAAGCAGCAAACAGAGCCUGAUCUACAAGAUUGUGAAGAUGCUAUUACACCUCUUUUGGAUUUCCUUGAACAUAAUUUACAUAUUUUAAAUGAAAAUUUGUUAGAAUCCAAUAUGCACCUUGUAGUAUUAAAGAUUUGGAAGCAAAUUCUUCGAACAUUAGAUGAUGUCCUAUUACCGCCCUUAUCGGAACAUAUCUCUGAAGUCAAGCCGCUGGACGACUAUGAACUUCAUGUUGUUUUAAAAUGGUUAGAGUUGUUAAAAGUUCUUUUCAAUGGUGGAGAAAGUGGCGAUGCUAUUCCGCUUGAAGACCUUGAAAAUAAUCAAUAUUAUUCAAUACUAGCAGUGAAUGCUGCUUAUCAUCUCAGCACUGAGCAAUUAAUUGACGCAUAUCAUACGUCAAAACAAAGAACAGUUAUAAACUUGGGUAAUAAACCAGCGAACCGUAGUAAAUCUGUCUACCAUUCGAAAAACACAAUUCGACAAAAAAAGAAAAACAAUACAAAGAAAGAUAAAAGAUCAACUGUGAUUGAUUUACCUCAUGGAGACGAUAUUUUACGUAUCCUUCGAAUGCGUCAUGACAAACACGUUACUGAGUUUUUAAAACAAGAAUUUAAAAAGCGUAAUAAGAACAGUCAUGAUGAAGCAACAACAACCGUAAAUAAUAAUGCUUUACCAGAUAACUCUACUACUGCCCCUCUUUUAUCUACUAACCCAGCCAUACCAAAUCAUAAUGGUAUCACUCUUACUGACUAA